CUGUGCCCUGGGGACAGUGGAUCAGUGGAUCCCAGCUGCGGACACACCAGCCGGAGGCUGGAGUCGCCAUGGACGCAGAAGGCUUGGCACUGCUGCUGCCCCCUCCCACACUGGCAGCGCUGGCCAGCAGCUGGCUGCAGGAGGACUGCCCCGGCCUCCACGUCACAGCCCUGGUCACCGGCGCAGCCCCCUCGCAGGCGGCGCUGUGGGCCAAGUCCCCCGGGGUACUGGCUGGACGGCCCUUCUUCGAUGCCAUCUUUGCCCAGCUCGGCUGCCAGGUCUCCUGGCUCCUCCCGGAGGGAUCCAAGCUGGUGCCUGUGACCAAGGUGGCUGAGGUCCGGGGCCCCGCCCACCACCUGCUGCUGGGAGAACGCGUGGCCCUCAACACGCUGGCCCGCUGCAGCGGGAUCGCCAGCGCCGCUGCCGAGGCCGUGCGCGUGGCCAGGGGCACCGGCUGGACGGGGCGCGUGGCCGGCACGAGGAAAACGACGCCAGGCUUCCGGCUGGCGGAGAAGUACGGGCUGCUGGUGGGCGGGGCGGCCCCCCACCGCUACGACCUGGGAGGGCUGGUGAUGGUCAAAGACAACCACAUCGUGGCGGCUGGGGACGUGGAGCAGGCAGUGCGGGGGGCGCGGCGGGCGGCCGACUUCGCGCUGAAGGUGGAGGUGGAGUGUAGCAGCCUGCAAGAGGCCGUGCGUGCCGCCCAGGCGGGGGCCGACCUGGUCCUGCUAGACAACUUCCAGCCCGAGGAGCUGCACCCCACGGCCGCGGCGCUGAAGGCCCAGUUCCCCAGCGUGGUGGUGGAAGCCAGCGGCGGUGUCACGCUGGGCAACCUGCCCCAGUUCUGUGGGCCCCACGUGGAUGUCAUCUCCCUGGGGAUGCUGACCCAGGCCGCCCCCGCCCUCGACUUCUCCCUCAAGCUGUUUGCUGCGGGGACCACGCCAGUGCCCCACGCCCGCCGCUCCUAGGGCCGAGGAGCUGGUGUGGGACCCUCAAGGUGAUGUUUGGGUCCAGGGGCUGACAGGACACAGCACGGGCCAGCCUGGGCUCCACUCCCCUCUGCCACCUACUGCUCCUGUGACCUGGCAGGGCUGACUGCAUCGCUGCUCAACUCAGUUUCCCCUUUUAAAAUGGGUCUAAUAAAUGCUCAACCCUU